AUGGGUUCAUUGACAAAGAAGCUCUAAAGGAUACCUAUGCAUUUCUUGAUCAGUAUUUCAAUGAUAUCUUCUGAAUAACUGAAUAUCACUUACUGUAGAACAGCUAAUGGUUGUUUGAAUGUCUGCAAUGUCUAAGAUCUCAUCUAUCCUUCAGGUAAACUGAAUGUGAAGGACAAAGAGCUAGAAGACAUGUUCAAAGAGGCCAGUGGUCCCAUCAACUUCACCAUGUUCCUCAACCAGUUUGGAGAGAAGUUGCAUGGAACAGACCCAGAAGAUACCAUUCUCAACGCCUUUAGAAUGUUUGAUCCUGAGGACAAGGGUCAUGUACACAAAGACGAGUAUGUAGAUUAG